AGCCCUGAAGGCCGGCCUGCCUGCCAGGGGUUCCCGCAACAGGCUCCCGCUCCGCGAUGGAUCGCUUCUUUGCAGAGGGUACACGGGUCUGGUUGAAAGAGAAUGGGCAACACUUCCCAAGUACUGUCAAUUCCUGUGCAGAAGGAGUGGUUGUUUUCAGGACAGAUUAUGGUCAGGUAUUUACUUAUAAAAAGAGUACAAUCACGCACCAAAAGGUAACAGCUAUGCAUCCGACAAAUGAAGAGGGUGUAGAAGACAUGGCUACGCUGAUCGAUCUCCACGAGGGUUCCAUAAUGAACAAUUUAUUCCAGCGGUAUCAGAAAAAUCAAAUUUAUACAUACAUUGGCUCCAUCGUUGCUUCCGUGAACCCCUACAAGACCAUUCCGGGGCUGUAUGACCGAACUACCAUGGAGAGAUACAGCCGGCACCACAUGGGGGAGAUUUCACCUCAUAUCUUUGCUGUUGCUAAUGAAUGCUACCGCUGCCUGUGGAAGCGCCAUGACAACCAGUGUGUUCUCAUCAGUGGUGAAAGUGGAGCAGGAAAAACAGAAAGCACUAAGCUGAUCCUCAAGUUUUUAUCAGUCAUCAGCCAACACUCACUGGAAUUGUCAUUGAAGGAGAAGAUAUCCUGUGUGGAGCAAGCCAUUCUUGAGAGCAGUCCAAUCAUGGAAGCUUUCGGCAAUGCAAAAACUGUUUACAACAACAACUCCAGUCGCUUUGGGAAGUUUGUUCAACUGAACAUCUGCCAAAAGGGAAACAUUCAGGGAGGAAGAAUUGUAGAUUAUUUAUUAGAAAAAAAUAGAGUAGUAAGACAGAAUCCCGGGGAGAGGAAUUAUCACAUAUUCUAUGCACUGCUGGCAGGAAUAGAAGAUGAAGAGAAAGAAGCAUUUUAUUUAUCUAUGCCAGAAAACUACCACUACUUGAAUCAGUCCGGAUGUGUAGCGGAUAAGACAAUCAAUGACAAAGAUUCUUUCAAGGAAGUUAUUACGGCAAUGGAAGUGAUGCAGUUCAGUAAGGAGGAAGUUCAUGAGGUUCUUCGGCUGCUUGCUGGGGUUUUACACCUUGGGAACAUUGAAUUUAUCACCGCUGGCGGCGCACAGGUUUCCUUCAAAACGGCUCUGGCUAGAUCUGCAGAAUUGCUUGGGCUGGACUCAACACAAUUGACUGAUGCAUUGACACAGAGGUCGAUGAUACUCAGGGGAGAGGAAAUCUUAACACCUCUCAAUGUUCAACAGGCAAUUGACAGCAGGGACUCUAUGGCAAUGGCACUUUAUUCCCAGUGCUUUGCUUGGGUAAUUAAAAAAAUCAACAGCAGGAUCAGAGGCAAAGAAGACUUCAAGUCCAUUGGAAUUCUGGAUAUAUUUGGAUUUGAAAACUUUGAAGUGAACCGGUUUGAGCAGUUCAGUAUAAACUAUGCAAAUGAAAAACUACAAGAGUAUUUCAAUAAGCACAUCUUUUCUUUGGAGCAGCUGGAAUAUAGCAGGGAGGGACUAGUGUGGGAAGAUAUUGACUGGAUAGACAAUGGCGAGUGUCUGGACCUUAUUGAAAAGAAACUUGGGCUGCUAGCGCUUAUUAAUGAAGAAAGCCAUUUUCCUCAAGCCACGGAUAGCACCUUAUUGGAAAAAUUGCACAAUCAACAUGCUAACAACCAUUUUUAUGUGAAACCAAGAGUUGCUGUUAACAACUUUGGCGUGAAACACUAUGCUGGGGAGGUUCAGUAUGAUGUGAGGGGAAUAUUGGAGAAGAACAGAGAUACUUUCAGAGAUGACCUUCUCAACCUGCUUCGAGAAAGCCGGCUUGAUUUCAUCUAUGAUCUCUUUGAACACGUUUCGAGCCGCAACAACCAAGAUACUUUGAAAUGUGGAAGUAAACAUAGGCGACCAACUGUCAGUUUACAGUUCAAGGACUCACUGCAUUCCUUAAUGGCAACAUUGAGCUCAUCUAAUCCUUUCUUUGUUCGCUGUAUCAAGCCAAACACCCAGAAGAUGCCAGAGAAAUUUGAUCAGGCAAUCGUACUUAACCAGCUGAGGUAUUCUGGGAUGCUGGAGACAGUGAGGAUACGCAAAGCUGGGUUUCCAGUUCGAAGGCCCUUUCAGGACUUUUAUAAAAGGUAUAAGGUUCUGAUGAGAGACCUGGCUCUCCCUGAAGAUGUCAAGGGAAAGUGUUCUGCCUUGCUUCAUCUCUAUGAUAACACGAACAGUGAAUGGCAACUUGGAAAGACUAAGGUAUUUCUCCGAGAGUCCUUGGAGCACAAGCUGGAGAAACAGCGGGAGGACGAGGUGACUCGGGCAGCCAUGGUGAUCCGGGCUCACGUUCUGGGCUACGUGGCACGAAAGCAUUAUAGGAAGGUCCUUUACUACGUAGUGGUCAUCCAGAAGAAUUAUCGGACCUUCCUCUUGAGGAGGCGGUUCUUGCACCUGAGGAAAGCCGCCAUCAUUUUCCAGAAGCAGCUGCGAGGCCGGAUCGCCCGGCGGGUUUACAAGCAACUUCUAGAAGAGAAACGGAAGCAAGAAGAGGAGAAGAAAAGAAAGGAGGAGGAAGAAAGAGAAAGAGAGAGAAAAAGACAAGAAGCUGAGCUUCUAGCCCAGCAGGCAGAAGAGGCCAGGAAGCAGCAAGAGCUGGAGGCGCUGGAGAAGGUUCAGAAAGAAGCUGAGCUGAAGCGUGAGCUGGAGAAACAGAAGGAGAACAAACAGGUGGAAGAGAUCCUGCGCCUAGAGAAGGAGAUCGAGGAUCUGCAACGCAUGAAGGAGCAGCAGGAGCUGUCCUUGACCGAGGCUUCCCUGCAGAGGCUCCAGCAGCUCCGAGACGAGGAACUCAAGAGGCUCGAGGAUGAGGCCUGCCGGGCGGCCCAGGAAUUUCUGGAGUCCCUCAACUUCGACGAGAUAGACGAGUGCGUACGAAACAUCGAGCGGUCACUCUCGGUGGGCAGCGGCUACUCCGCGGAGCUGAGCGAGCUGGCCGGGAGUGCUUGCGGGGAAAAGCCCAACUUCAACUUCAGCCAACCCUACCCCGAGGAGGAGGUAGACGAGGGGUUUGAGGCCGAUGACGACGCCUUCAAGGACUCGCCCAACCCCAGUGAGCACGGCCACUCCGAGCAGAGGACCAGCGGCAUUCGGACGAGCGACGACUCUUCGGAAGAGGACCCCUACAUGAACGACACGGUGGUGCCCACGAGCCCGAGCGCCAGCGGCACCGUGCCGCUCACGCCUUCCACUCAAGACUCGGUCAGCACGCACGACUCGUCCAGCGGGGAGUCCACCUACUGCCUGCCCGAGAAUGUGCCCGGCGGGCCUCAGAACUCCGUAGACCUCAUUUCCCCCGACGGCGACUACGAUUAUGACCAGGAGGAUUACGAAGACGGGGCCAUCACCUCGGGCAGCAGUGUGACCUUCUCCAAUUCUCACAGCAGCCAGUGGUCUCCAGAUUACCGGUGUUCGGUGGGGACGUACAAUAGUUCGGGAGCGUAUAGAUUUAGCUCGGAAGGGGCGCAGUCAUCAUUUGAAGACAGUGAAGACGACUUUGAUUCUCGUUUCGAUACAGAUGAUGAACUUUCCUAUCGACGGGACUCUGUCUACAGCUGUGUCACUCUACCGUAUUUUCAUAGCUUUCUCUAUAUGAAAGGUGGGUUAAUGAACUCCUGGAAGCGCCGCUGGUGUGUCCUCAAAGACGAGACCUUCCUGUGGUUCCGUUCCAAGCAGGAGGCCCUCAAACAAGGUUGGCUGCACAAAAAGGGGGGCGGGUCGUCCACGCUGUCCAGGAGGAACUGGAAGAAGCGGUGGUUUGUGCUCCGCCAGUCCAAACUGAUGUACUUUGAAAACGACAGCGAGGAGAAGCUGAAGGGCACCAUCGAAGUGCGAACUGCCAAAGAGAUCGUUGAUAACACCAGCAAAGAAAAUGGAAUCGAUGUGAUCAUGUCUGACAGAACCUACCAUCUGAUCGCUGAAUCGCCGGAAGAUGCCAGCCAGUGGUUCAGUGUGCUAAGCCAGGUCCACGCAUCCACAGAACAGGAAAUCCGAGAGAUGCAUGAUGAGCAGGCAAAUCCCCAGAAUGCAGUGGGCACCCUAGAUGUGGGACUGAUUGAUUCUGUGUGUGCAUCUGAUAACCCAGAUAGACCCAAUUCAUUUGUAAUCAUCACCGCUAACCGUGUUCUUCACUGUAACGCUGAUACCCCAGAGGAGAUGCAUCACUGGAUAACGCUGCUCCAGAGAUCUAAGGGGGACACCCGUGUGGAGGGGCAGGAGUUUAUCGUGAGAGGAUGGUUGCACAAGGAGGUUAAAAACAGUCCAAAGAUGUCCUCGCUCAAACUGAAGAAGCGCUGGUUUGUGCUGACCCACAACUCUUUGGAUUAUUACAAGAGUUCAGAGAAGAAUGCUCUGAAAUUGGGUACCCUGGUCCUUAACAGCCUUUGUUCAGUGGUGCCACCUGAUGAGAAGAUCUUCAAAGAGACAGGCUACUGGAAUGUCACCGUGUAUGGACGCAAGCACUGCUACCGGCUCUAUACCAAGCUGCUCAACGAGGCUACGCGGUGGUCGAGUGCCAUACAAAAUGUGACCGACACAAAAGCACCCAUCGACACACCGACGCAACAGCUCAUCCAGGAUAUCAAGGAGAACUGCCUAAACGCAGAAGUGGUAGAACAGAUUUACAAAAGGAACCCCAUCCUGCGCUAUACCCAUCAUCCGUUGCACUCUCCGCUUCUGCCCUUGCCCUAUGGAGACAUCAAUCUGAACUUGCUGAAGGAUAAAGGCUAUACCACCCUUCAGGAUGAAGCCAUCAAGAUCUUCAAUUCCCUGCAGCAGCUGGAGUCCAUGACUGACCCCAUUCCCAUAAUCCAGGGGAUCUUGCAGACGGGGCAUGACCUCAGACCGCUUCGAGACGAGCUCUACUGUCAACUUGUCAAGCAGACCAACAAGGUCCCGCACCCAGGCAGCGUCGGCAACCUGUACAGCUGGCAAAUUCUGACUUGCUUGAGCUGUACUUUCCUCCCUAGCCGUGGAAUCCUCAAGUAUCUCAAGUUCCACCUGAAAAGGAUCCGUGAGCAGUUUCCUGCCACAGAAAUGGACAAAUAUGCUGCCUUCAUUUACGAAUCUCUUAAAAAAACCAAAUGCCGAGAGUUUGUGCCUUCGCGCGAUGAAAUCGAAGCUCUGAUCAACAGGCAGGAAAUGACGUCUACUGUGUAUUGUCACGGUGGAGGCUCCUGUAAAAUCACCAUCAAUUCCCAUACCACCGCUGGAGAGGUCGUUGAAAAGUUAAUCAGAGGGUUGGCCAUGGAAGACAGCAGAAAUAUGUUUGCACUCUUUGAAUACAAUGGGACCAUUGAUAAAGCGAUUGAAAGCCGAACCAUUGUGGCUGAUGUGUUGGCAAAGUUUGAAAAAUCGACGGCCACCUCUGAGGCAGGCGAUCUCCCGUGGAAAUUCUACUUCAAACUCUACUGCUUCCUGGACACCGAAAAUGUGCCGAAAGACAGCGUGGAGUUCGCCUUUAUGUUCGAGCAGGCUCACGAAGCAGUCAUCCGAGGUCACUACCCUGCUCCCGAAGAGAACCUUCAGAUCCUGGCCGCCUUAAGGCUUCAGUAUGUCCAGGGAGAUCAUUCCCAGCACGCCUCCAUGCCUGCACUGGAGCAAGUCUACCCCUUGCAGAGACUGAAGUCUCGUAUUUCCCAAUCCACCAAGACCUUCUCCCCCGCCGAGAGGCUGGAGAAGAGGCGCGCCAGCUUCCUGGAGGGGACAUUGAGGAGGAGUUUCCGGACUGGAUCCGUCAGUCGACAGAAACUAGAGGAGGAUCAGAUGUUGGACAUGUGGAUCAAGGAGGAGGUUUCCUCGGCCAGGGCCAGUGUGAUUGACAAGUGGAAGAAGUUUCAGGGCAUGAACCAGGAACAGGCCAUGGCCAAGUACAUGGCUGUUAUUAAGGAAUGGCCUGGCUAUGGGUCUACGCUCUUUGACGUGGAGUGCAAGGAGGGCGGGUUUCCACAGGAGCUCUGGCUGGGAGUAGGUGCUGACGCAGUGUCUGUCUACAAGCGUGGGGAAGGGAGACCGCUGGAGGCGUUCCCCUAUGAACAUAUCCUCUCCUUUGGGGCACCCCUUGCAAACACCUACAAGAUUGUGGUGGAUGAGAGAGAGCUGCUGUUUGAAACCAGUGAGGUCGUGGAUGUGGCCAAGCUGAUGAAAGCGUACAUCAGCAUGAUUGUGAAGAAACGCUACAGCACCUCGCGUUCUGUGAGCAGCCAUGGAAGCCAAGGCAGCUCCAGGUGAAAGCGCAGGGGGGAUUGCACGCUUCCUUCGGAUCGGAACCCAUCACUUAGGGGCCGACCUGGCUUUCGACGCCAACUUCUGGCAGGCCACCCGGGUCCUCAAGAGCCCUGCGAGGCCGAUCUCCUCUGCCAGGUCAGCUGGAACAAUCACAUGGCGAGUUGUCCCAGCAGUGCGCACAAUUUCCAAAGCUUCGUUCCUCUUAAGUGACGAAAGCCUUAACAAAAGACGCUGACACCAAAGCAGCGAGAAGUGCCUUAGUGCUUUAAACCAACACUAAUCGUCCUUAACUGUGCUAUCCAAGGGAAAUGGUUUUCUUUCCACUCAGAAGACAAGAAAAUAUGAAAAGGGGGAGUUAACUCCAUCCAUUAUGCACUAACCUCCCUGCCUGAUUUUUUUUCCUGGGUUUGUAGGAGGGGGAAAGGGGUGGGGCGGGAGGGACAUUUUUGGUAGGAGCCUGCUGGCAGCUUCCUUCUGAAACCUUUUUUUUUUUUAAUUCGUUUCAUCAGCGUAUGUGCAUAUGUCUUAACACAAACUCUAACUUUAUUCCAUAGUUCACGAGCAUUUAAAGCAAAGGGAAUCAUGAUGUGCAAUGGUGUAAACAAUCCUUCUGUACAUUUUAAUAGUUCAGAGUUAUAGUUGAUUUGAUUGUAUGGUUACUUUUUAAACCAGUUUUAUUAAAUCAAACUUCCUGCAUUUUCCUACAUCUUUGAACUUCUUAAACCCUAUUUUGACUAUUUUGUUUCACCUGUAGCAAGCUUGCCUCUGUAUCUGCUAUGUUAUAAAUAGAUAUGUAGCUGGUAAAAUAAGUUGUAUUUAUAGAUAUCCCUAAUACAGAAAAUGCAAUUCCCCAUACCGUGUUCUUUUUCUUGUUUUUAGUUUGUAAGUUUUAAAUAUUCAAUGUUCCUUUAGAGAUGGUUUCCUUAAAAACAAUAUGCUUGUAGAACUCUGAUUAAAGAGAACCAAGUAAACUCUGUUGUUGGUGGUGGAGAGGCACAGCAGGAAAGAAUUGUGGAAAAGGUAUAUGAAGCUGUACUAUGUUUUUUUAAUUAGGGCUAUUCAUAUUUUAUUCCAAGUUCUUCAUGAUGGUCUGGACAAAGCACCUGUAAAUAAGUCAGCUCACAGCCAGAUCUGGUUUUGGACUUUUUAUUUUUAUAUGGAAAAGUUAUUAUAUAAGGCAAACUGGAAUCGACAGUGUUAAGUCUGCCACAGAGAAAAUAAAUGAAAGUUGUAUUAGCCCUAUUGACAAACCUCAGCCUUUAAGAAAUCUUGCUUAUUUGCUCAAAGAAAGUUGGCAAUAAAAGAUGCUAAUUAGCA